AUGGGUCCUUACAAGGAUAAAUUACUUUAUGAUAUUAUUCCAAUGGAUGUGUGCCAUAUUCUUCUUGGAAGGCCAUGGAAAUUUGAUAGGAGAUCCCAACAUGAUGGGCAUAAAAAUACAUAUGUUAUUGAGAAAGAUGGAGUGUCUUAUACCCUUGAACUACUACAAGAAGAUAUUGAUACAGCUCAUGAGGGACCUAGUGUCAUGAUAGUGAAGGAGAAGGAUUUUUUGAAGGAUCUUGAGGAUCAAGGAUGUGGAUAUGCCAUUGUAGCUAAGCCAAUCUGCAAUAUUCCAAUUAGUGACAAGGAAGAAGUCCCAAAUGAAGUGUUGGGUCUACUUGACAAGUAUGAGAAUAUAGUAGUGGAGGAGAUUCCAAAUGCUUUACCUCCAAUCUGA